AUGCCUUACCAAAGAUCUAUCAACGUGGUGGGCUGCCACUGCGCCGGCGAAUCCUGCGAUGUCAUCGUCGGGGGUGUCUUGAACCCCCCAGGAUGCAACACCAUGUACGAAAAGCUUGUCCACUUCCGGGACAAGGAAGAUCAUAUUCGACAGCUCCUUAUGCAAGAGCCUCGUGGCCGGUCCGCGAUGUGUCUCAACCUCGUCCUCCCACCCUGCGACCCGAAAGCCGACGUCGGUUUCUUGAUCAUGGAAAGUGACGAGUACCCACCCAUGUCAGGAGGCAAUACCAUCGCCACAGCUACAGUUCUCCUGGAGACGGGCAUGGUUAAAAUGACAGAGCCAACCACUGAGAUGGUACUUGAAACACCAGCAGGACUGGUCUCCGUCACUGCCGAUUGUGAGAAUGGAAAAUGCAAAUCCAUUGCAUUUGAUAACGUGCCUUCGUUCGUCUUCGCGUUGGAUUACAAAGUCGAGGUUCCCGGAAUCGGUACUGUGUCUGUCGAUAUCGCAUGGGGAGGUAUGAUCUACGCCAUUGUCGACGUCACUUCGCUUGGAAUCAAAAUCAACAACAAAAACGGCCCGAAAUUGAUUGAUUACGGAGAACGUAUCAAACAUGCAGUGCAAAACGCUCCCUUCGUUCCGGUUCACCCAGAAAAUCCAAAUAUUCGGGGGGUCACUAUCUUGGAGUUCACCGAGCCUCUUGACCGGGAUAGCAUGGAAGCUACGAACACAGUUGUGGUAUCACCUGGUCGAUUUGACCGAUGUCCUUGUGGAACCGGUAGCUGUGCGAGAAUGGCUGUCCUUCAUGCGCGUGGUCAGCUUGCUGUUGGCGAGAAAUUUACCCACCGCAGUAUUAUUGGAAGUACUUUUGAGUGCCAUAUCCGUGGUACGCAGAAGCUGGGUGAAUAUGACGCUAUACUGCCGACAGUUAAGGGAAGUGCCUGGAUCAAUUCAUUCAAACAGAUGGUUUUGGAUGCAAGUGACCCAUGGCCAGAAGGUUUCAGAGUUGGUGAUCAAUGGCAUGUGAUGGAGGAAUGA